AUGCCCGACAAGGCCUUUAAGUCGCUGCAAAAGGCCGGCGGCAAGAACAUAUAUCCCGCCGACGUCAACAAGAUCGACUUUACGUACAACAGCGGCACCAAGCUCCGCGAUGCUACUAUAAAGGAGGCCGCCGACUACUACCGGCGUGUCGUCGACUGGUACGUCAACGGCGGCUUCACCGACGAGUGCGGCGUCGGCAAGAUCAACGAGGUGCGCGCGCGCCUAAACCCGGACAUACGCAUCGGCUUCGGCGAGCUCCACGGAUACCCGGGCCAGUUCGAGUCCGUGUCCAUAGUCGACUACCGGACCGGCGAGCCCAACGCGCGCUUCCGCGUUCUCGAGAUGCUCCAGCAAAACUUCCAGGCCGGCGACAGCCUCCUCGCCACCGCCGUCGCCGACGACAAGGCCUACUACGCCCAGGCAUACCGCACCGUCGACGGCCGGAGAAAGCUACUGCUCAUUAAUAAGACGGCCUAG